UGGUACGAGGCGGUCGUGUGCGCGGAACUUUCGUCUUUCUUUUCAAGGCGCUGUCACUAUAGCCAGCGAGAAUCUCAAUCAACGUUAAUUUACAAGUGGACAAAAGAAGUCGAAAAUCGGCGCGCAUUAACGGUUACUGAAUUCGAAAUCGCUAGGCCACUACGUAAGCGGCAACGCAAGCCGCGAUCCGUAAGAUCUGGAGUCGGAGUGGAUCUCUCAGUCCGUGUUUCGGUCUCAAAGUCAUCGGUUGUCGUGUCGCACCGCCUCCGUUUCUCCUCGUUUCUUUUCGAUCCGUGACAACCAGGUGAAAUAAAAAAAAAAAAUAAUAUCAAAUACGAUGGCCAAAUUCAGUGCAAAGAGUGUGCAAUUUUUGAAAAAUCAUUAAGAAAUUCUGUGAAAGGCGAAUCACGCAGAGCCGAGUGCAAUUGAAAGGCUCGCGAAUAAUUUGUUGCCUCAACGAAAGUGCUGGAAAAGUACUCCACACCAAAUAAAUUAGCUAGGAAAGCAUUAUCUUGGAUACGAGGCGAAAUAAUAUAGCAAAAAAUAUCAGUGCCACAAGAUGACUUGCGGCAUAUCAUGUGUCGAUAAGACACUAAACAAAUCGUUUUACCAUUUGGGGAUCUGCAUAGCCAAGCAUCCUGGAUAUUUCAUUAUCAUUCCGGUGCUGCUGACGUUGCUUUGCAUGACGGGCUACCAGCAGCUAAAGUAUCAAAUCGAUCCCGAAUAUCUAUUCUCUCCUAUUGCGGGGGAGGGCAAGACUGAGCGUGCCAUCGUGGAGCAAUACUUUAAAGUGAAUUAUACGCAUCGCUUCAAUGUCGGACGCAUUACGAGACCCGGUCGCUUCGGGCGAGUCAUUGUGAUAACAAAGGAUGGCGACGAAAAUAUGAUAAGACGAGAGGUGUUCCAGGAGCUGCGACAGCUGGAUAAUCUCAUCCAGAAUGCGACCACCACAUACGAUGGGGACACCUAUACCUACAAGGACAACUGUGCCCGCUGGGAGGGCGAGUGUUUUGAGAACGAUAUUCUAAACUUGGAUGCGCUAAUGGAUGAUAUCGAAGCGGGUCAACUGAAUCUCACAUUUCCUUUCAUGUUUAACCCAGUCACGUGGGAUGCUCACUUGUUUCCCGUGUUCUUUGGUGGCACCAAGCUGACUGAGGACAAUCAUGUGAUCAGUGUUCCGGCCAUACAGUUGGUCUAUUUUGUCACCGCCGACACCAAACGACAGGAUGCCAAGGGUGCCGAAUGGGAAGAAACCUUCCUUAGGGUAGUUGGUAACGCAGAGGACUCGGGGCUCUUUAAACACAUCUCGGUCUCGUACUUCGCCUCCCGCACCCUGGACCACGAACUCGAGAAGAAUACGAAGACUGUGGUACCCUAUUUUAGCUCAACUUUUUUGCUCAUGGGUCUGUUUAGCAUAAUCACCUGCAUGAUGGGUGAUGCAGUUCGCUCGAAACCCUUUUUGGGUCUCAUGGGCAAUGUGUCGGCAAUUAUGGCAACUCUGGCAGCUUUUGGCCUGGCCAUGUACUGUGGAAUUGAGUUUAUUGGCAUUAAUCUGGCUGCCCCAUUUCUGAUGAUCGGUAUCGGCAUUGAUGACACUUUUGUAAUGCUAGCGGGUUGGCGCCGCACCAAGGCCAAAAUGCCAGUAGCGGAGCGCAUGGGCCUAAUGAUGUCCGAGGCAGCCGUUUCGAUCACAAUUACCUCGGUCACCGACUUCAUUUCGUUUCUGAUCGGCAUCAUCAGUCCCUUUCGAUCAGUGAGGAUCUUCUGCACGUACUCGGUGUUCGCCGUUUGCUUCACGUUCCUGUGGCACAUCACUUUCUUCGCCGCCUGCAUGGCCAUCUCGGGCUACAGGGAGCGCAAGAAUUUGCAUUCCAUUUUCGGCUGCCGGGUCCAGCCAAUGUCGGUUGCCAUUAAAGAGAAACGCAACUUCCUGUACAAGGCGAUCAUGGCGGGUGGCAUCGACCACAACGAUCCAGACAACCCCAUCGACAACAAGGACCACAUGCUGAUGGCCUUCUUCAAGGACAAACUGGCCGCAGUCAUUAACAACAAGUGGUGCAAGGCGAUCAUCAUAUUGGCCUUUGCCAGCUAUUUGGUUGGCGCCUGCUACGGAAUCACGCAAAUAAAAGAGGGCCUUGAACGGAGGAAGCUUUCCCGGGAAGACUCCUAUUCGGUGGAGUUUUUCGAUCGCGAAGACGACUACUACCGCGAAUUUCCAUACAGAAUGCAGGUCAUCAUUGCUGGGCCACUCAAUUACUCGGAUCCUGUGGUGCAGGAGCAGGUGGAGAACUUGACGAGCACCCUUGAGCACACCUCGUACGUGACCUCCAGGCGCUACACAGAGUCCUGGCUGCGUUCGUUCUUGUCCUUCCUGGAGCGCAACAAUGAGCUGCUCAAUGUGACCAUUGACGACGAACAGAAUUUCAUUGAGGCCGUGAAGGAGCACUGGCUGUUCCCCGGUAAUCCCUUCUCGCUGGAUGUACGCUUCAAUGACGAUGAAACGCAAAUUAUUGCCUCGCGGUUUCUCAUCCAGGCGGUCAACAUCACGGACACUAAUCAUGAAAAGGAAAUGGUGCGGGAUCUGCGACAGAUUUGCAAGGACUCGCCACUGAAUGCCUCGAUCUUCCAUCCCUAUUUCGUGUUCUUUGAUCAAUUUGAGCUGGUGCGACCGGUAUCCCUGCAGGCGAUGGUGAUCGGCGCCAUCAUCAUGAUGAUCAUUUCAUUCGUCUUUAUACCAAAUAUUCUGUGCUCCUUGUGGGUGGCCUUCUCGGUCAUCUCCAUUGAGCUGGGCGUGGCCGGCUAUAUGGCCUUGUGGGACGUUAACUUGGACUCGAUUUCGAUGAUUAACCUGAUCAUGUGUAUUGGCUUCUCGGUGGAUUUCACCGCUCACAUCUGCUACACGUACAUGUCCUCGAAGAAGCGCAGUCCAAAGGCUCGAGUCCGUGAGGCCCUGCACUCCCUUGGUCUGCCGAUUGUCCAGGGCUCCAGUUCAACAAUUCUGGGCAUUGUGGCCCUUUUGCUGGCCCAGAGCUACAUCUUCCUGGUGUUCUUCAAGAUGGUCUUCCUGGUGAUAUUCUUCGGGGCCAUGCAUGGUCUCUUCCUGCUGCCCGUGCUGCUCUCGCUCUUUGGACCUGGUUCCUGUCUCACCUGGACCGGAAAGGAUGACGGCAGCGAUGCCGAAGUGGACGACAGUGUGGAUGAGCGUCAGCUGGAGAAGCCCUUCUCGCAAUCCUACUACAUGCAGUACCCCACCAUGGGCAUCAACGGGCCCUACUGCUCGAAGGGAUUCCUGGGGGCCCCAUAUAAGGCUUACGGCGUGGACGAAAAGGAUCUGGGACUGGGCACCUCUGGCGAGGACUCCUCGGAGAGCAGUUCUAGUCGAUCGCAGCGUCGCCAGCAGCAACAGGUGGCCGCCACCGAGGAGGAAGUUGAGGUGCGGGAAACACCGCGCCGACGGUACGAAGAGGGCUGGCGUCGCUCCUCCUACCAGAAUAUUUAUGGUCAGGGUUCGGCGGCACAGUUCCAGGCCCAACCGGAUCUCUACGGGCAACAGGUUUCGGCGGCCGAAUGGCGCCAGCGCCUGGAUACCCACGAGCAGCAGCAGCGACAGCGACAGCGGCGAGGAGGUCCCUACGAUAACUACCACCAGGACAUGGACAUGGAGAUGGACAUGCAGAGGGCACGACGCAACUCCCACGGGGACAUUAUCGAUCUGCACGGAACGCCAAACUCCUCCAUGGACGAACGUCUACGGCGACAGCCAGAGCCCUUCGGUGCGGGCAGUGGCGAUGACAGCAGCUAUCGCCAUCACCUGGCGAAGGCGAUGCCACCGCCCACAGGUGGUGUGCCCCCGGCAAAGCGCUAUCAUCGACGACGUUCUUCGGAGGACUCAACCAAUCGCCAUCAGCGUUGGCCGGCGAACAUCGAGGAGAGGAGGGCGCGACGCACACACUCGCCAGCCCACAACCGCCCAGAGACUGCCACGCCCAGCUACGCCUACCGCUCCUCAUCGCACCACAAUCUUUACCAGCCAAAUGGGAAAGGGUCAAAGCAUCCACCCACUUACCAGUACGGCGAUUACUACCAGUGAGGAAGGCGAGGGAUGAACUCGUGGUUAUGUGACAGGAAUAUUCCUAAUAUAUAUAAAGUUGGGUGGGUCGACCUCUAAAAGAUUUACUAAAAGGGAGGUAGUAUUUGGACAUUUAGUAGACUUUUGAAUUUCCUUUUUAGCAGGUAACUAUAAUUUUUGUUUUUCAUGUCAAAAGUUUCAUAGAUUACUUUCACAAUGUUUUGGUCGUUAAAUUUUUUUUUUCGACAUCCAAUGCAGUCAACCCAUCCAAUAAAAAAGAGACAUAGAGAGAGAGCAGAGCAAAUUGUCUUGUCAAACAAUAUUUAAGUUAGGCCUUUUUGAAAAGAAAUCCCAACUAUUUCUGUCUUCACUUUUCUUAAGCUUGCCCGGCAUAGAAUAUACACAUUAACGAAUACCCAAAUUGGACAAACCACGCUCACAUUGAUCAAAAGAAUUAUUUUCGGUGUGAGCUCGAAAUUGUUAGUUAUUAAUCCAGGUUCGAUCUAUUUAUCCCAAACAUUUCAUCGAUAAGAGCUCGAGUCAGACAACUUAAGUUACCAUCUACACAUAUACUAUACACCUAGUAACAUGUAUGCUACUUGAGUCAGACUUUGGGUUCCCCCAUAUCAGUGUUUAUUUAAAUUAAUUUAGAUUUAGUGCGAGUGCGUGUAAGAGUCUGUUCAAUCAUGUUUUGUAUAGCAAAAUCAACGCUGAGUAAAUAUUUAAUAACUAUUAACUGUUAAGAAUGGCCACAUCAAGGUCCGAUCAUUUGGGACAAGUUUGUAAAGCGUUUACAAUAUUUUCUAUUGAAUAAAAAUUUUAUAUUUUCCUAGAAACAA